AUGGAAGAAACACAACUGCAUUCAUCCUUUGUCUCAAUUGCAUUUGGCAUGUUGAAUACCGGCAAUGAAAUCAAUUUUUCAACCGCUCCAAAUCGCCCGCAUGGUAAGUCCAACGAUACUGCCAUCCGAGUCCGGGGCUCCACAACUUUCAAUUGGAAGCCCAUUCCCUUUCCCUAUUCAUGCAAGGCUGUGAAGUACAACGGGACUUGGCUUGAGGGAAGAGAUGGGCCGCGGGACAAGAUAGCUCGGCCCAGCUGGACGAACGCAAACGGAAAGGAUGUAGACUCAUAUAUACACUUGAGCAACCAGCAUUAA